GCUACUGGGAUUUUUGGGGCGUAAGGUCACAUGUUUGGCUGGCCGUAUGCUUUCCUCGUUGCAUUGGGACUUGGAUUUGGGACUGGUCUUUUCUCAGGAUGGCGUGCGCCUUUAUCGUCAAGUCCAAACCCCUCGUGGCUUCACCUCCUUCGGUUUUUGAGGGAGGACAUCAUGAUCAAUUCUAGUUUCCUCGCCGCAUUGGCGGCGUAGGGAACAACAUCUUGUUGAUGCGUUCUCGCCCCAUCGCCCUUGCUUUCCCACAACCUCCAGAUAUUAACCACCCUUCAGCAUGUUGCGCCCUCUUGGUGCAGGAGACACCAAUUAACUUCCUAGGACGAGAGGGAAGCCUCGACAGCUGCCACUUAAAACGCUGACAUAUCCCCAGAGGGGAGGUUGCAGAGUAACCAUCAGGCCCCAGACCCAGCACCAAGCUACCCACGAGCUUUAUAUACCUGCAGCAUAGUCCCCCGU